UGUGGUUGAGAAAACGACAAUCACUGCGCAAAGUUGCUGUUUUGCGGUGAGAAGUGAAGAGAAAAAUGUCGGCUUGCUAGGACGAAAAACAAUUGAUUCGACAGUUUGCCUUUUUCUCUAGCUUUCCGGAGAUUUCUCAUCCAUUCAUUGUGAUUAUUAUCGGUAGAGCCACAAGUAUUGCUGUAUUGCUGCUGUUUGCAAACCCGGCGAAAAAUGAGCACCUCAGACAGCACCGAUACUACAAGCAGCAGUAGCGCCAGUAACCUUAAACCAGAGGAAAACCAGGACGAACUCAUCAUAAAACAACAAAGAGAAAUAGAACAGGAGAUUGCUUAUUCAAAUCCAUUGGUUAGCGAAUCUCAAGCGGUAGCUAGUCUAAACUCAGAAUACCUCGACGAUGCCGUUUACAUAUCGAAGGUAAAGGAUCUUUCCUCGAAGUAUUGUGCAAUUCGUCGUACCAGACCUGACGGAAACUGUUUUUUCCGAGCGUUUGCUUAUGCUUAUCUCGAGUAUUUGGUGCUGAACAAGGAUGAGUUUAGCAAAUUUUAUGAAUACGCUGCAAAAUCCCGAGAAAGACUGACAGAGGCUGGAUUCCCCCGGUUUACUAUUGAGGACUUUUACGAAACAUUCAUGGAAGUGAUCAAUAAGGUCAAACCAGAGGGUGAUAACACAUCUGCGGCGCUGGCCGAGCUGCACAAGCUGUUCAACGAGCAGGGCUACUCGGAUUAUGUCGUGGUUUAUCUCAGAUUGAUUACUUCAAGCCACUUGCAGGAGAGAGCGGAUUUUUACCAGAACUUUAUCGAUGGAAAUUACACAAUCGUUGAAUUUUGUCACCAAGAAGUGGAGCCAAUGUACAAAGAGUCGGAUCACAUCCACAUCAUCGCAAUAUGCUCGGCUCUGGAGGCAGGAGUGCGCGUCGAGUAUAUGGACCGUGGAGACGGAGAUCAAGUAAUUGCUCACGAUUUUCCUGAUGGUUGCAAGCCAAAUGUCUUCUUGCUCUACCGUCCAGGACAUUAUGAUAUUUUAUAUCCGAAUAAGGCGCAGUAACAUAAUGGAAAUCCACAAUGAAACGAAUUUUUCUGACUGUAAUAAGCACUCACAGAGAUCUUAAUCGCUAGUGUAUCCCGUCAUUUGAUUAGAGUUCAAAUCAAAUAAAAAUGUAGAGAAAAAUA